AUGGGUAUCGGCAAUGGCCUUACCGACCCGCAGGAGCAGUGCAAGUGGUACCAGGAGUACAUGUGCACUGGCGCGGGCCACGCAACUCCUCCCAUCAACAGCAGCGUCGAGUGCACGGCCCUUAAGGCUGCUACAGCUGCUUGCGACGCCACCCUGGCGGCGUGUGACUCGGGCGUUCCGGCUGUGAGCCAGGCAGGCUGCGGCGCUGCUAUGGAGACAUGCGCUUUGGGAUUCCAGCUUCCGUACAUGGCCACUGGCCUGAACCCGUACGAUGUUCGUAUUAAGUGUGACAAACUUCCUCUAUGCUACGACAUGUCGAACGAUGUCACGUACCUCAACGAUAAGGACGUGCAAAAGCAGCUCGGCGUCGACAAGAAUUUCGAGAGCUACAACCUCAUCGUCAACAAGGCCUUCUCUCUCGAUUUCAUGAAGAAUUCCCACAUGCUCAUCCCACUUAUGCUCGCAGCUGGCAUCGACGUCCUCGUCUAUUCUGGCGACCAGGACUUCAUCUGCAACUGGCUCGGUAAUGAGAAGUGGGUACAGGCGCUGGAGUGGGAUCACAAACAGGAGUUCAACGCAGCAGUUAAGACACCCUACAAAGUCUUUGGUAAGGAGGUCGGCGAGCUCCAGAGCUUCGCAAAUUUGCGCUUUCUGCGCGUCGCUCAAGCUGGACACAUGGUUCCUUUGGACCAGCCUGAGGCCGCACUUGGUAUGGUCAACGACCUCUUGGCUGGCGCUUUCCUGAAGUCCAACCUUGAGGUGGUGGUGUGA